AUGUCACGAGUAGCCAAUCAUUAUUCUGUGACAGAUCAAGGCUCUGAAUGUGCUAUGAUAUGUCAAAAAGACUGUGGUAGCUUCUUCGGAUAUAAUCCUCAGUUGAUGAAAUGCAGGACCCACAUGAAGAUGUUUAUGUCUGGAAUUUUGGAGGAGGACGGCUGGAUCUACUACUUUCUUCCUAAAGAUUGUAAGGACCUUCAUGACAAUGGUUACAAUAAAUCUGGUGUGUACGAAAUUUAUCCAAGUUGUACCAGCUCGGGUCCUGUCAGAGCUUACUGCGACAUGGACACAAUGGACGGAGGAUGGACGGUAAUUCAAAAAAGAGUGAACGGAUCCCUGAGCUUUCACAGGAACUGGGAAGCAUACAAGAAUGGUUUUGGAGCGCCGGAUCAGGAUAACUGGAUUGGAAAUGACGUAAUCCAUCAGUUAACCUAUGGAAAGACUUCAUACCUUUAUGUUUCAAUCACACUAGUGGAUGGAAGGAAACUGUUUGAGUUGUACGAUCAGUUCUCUGUUUCCAAUGAAUCAGACAAGUAUCAACUCCAUCUGACAGGAAAUACCACGGGAACCUUAGGUGAUAGUAUGAUGAAUACCGGUAAUCCUUCGUAUGACUUGUCAGGUAUGUACUUCAGUACAUAUGACAAAGACAGCGACAGGUGGAGUUUAAGUAACUGUGCGGCUGCUUAUGAAGGGGGCUGGUGGUUUAACAAUUGUCGCCACGCCUUCCUUAACGGGCCCUGGAACUCCAAAUACUGGCAGUACCCAUGGAAUCCUACAGUUAUGAGAGGUCUUGAUGUUCGGGGAACAAUGAUGUUGAUCAAAUGUCACUAG